AUGACUGAAGCGAAAGUCACACGCAGUGACGCAGCUGACGGUGAACCGGUCCUCUCCGCUCUAAUUCAACUCAUGAAUGCCCUCUUGACGAUAGGAUAUCCAGAUGUGGCGCGAUUGAUCGCCAAAAGGUAUACGCGUGAUCCUAAGCUCAGGAACUCCCAAGAACUGACACCAGAAGAACUGAUGGAAGCUGUGAAACCAGUUCAUUCGCAAACAGCCCAAAGUCACUCUCGGAAAGAACGAUUACGCUAA